GCGUGUACAAGUAGGUAGGAGGUAGCUAGAUCGAACAAGGAAUGCGAAGCGCAACUACGAGGAUGAGCAGCAAGCAGUAAGCAGAGCAGAGCAAUGCAGUCACGACAGUCUUUCGAUAGGGUAGGCGGCGGCCCGCCACGAUGCAACCCUCUGUCCUGCCCAGCCCAGACCAAGACCAAGACCCAGUCCCGUACCUGACGAGAAAAACUCACCCUUGCACCGAUGAGGUCAUACACACACCACCACGCGAGCGAGCAGCGACAUGCCCAAAGCGGCAGCUUGUCGCGGCGGGGCCCGCGGGAGGCGAUCGAAUCGACCCGCUGUGUCCGUUCAGCCACACCACCACCACGCGGCGGCCUGGCGGACCCCCCUGGCUGGUGCUGCUGCUGCUGCUGCGCCGCGGCGGGAGAGGUGCCGCUUUUGGCGCGGAGGGCUGCUGCUGCGUGGACGGCUGGGGUGAUGGGCGGCUGGGAUGGGCGGCUGGGAUGAGUUGGGGAUGGUGGUUAUGGCUCACGUGUACUGUUGUGCUGUUGCUGAUGGUGAUGGUAGUUAAUGGUGCUGUCUGCUGUCUGCUACGGGAAUAGUGAUGGUGAUGGUGAUGGCCAGUUAGUUGAUUGGUUGACCGGCCGUGGUCGCAGAAAGAACAAGUGGGCCAAUAGAGGGCCGAAGCGC